AUGUUGCCCUCCGUGUUAAUGGACACUUCGGACGACUUUGUCAUGCCGAUUUCGAAGGCGCCGCAGUCCUCGAAGCGGACCCUGCUCCUUUCGCCUCCCUCGCUUUCAUCCCACCAAGAGAAACUGACUGCUGUCAUUGAAAUGCACGACCGCGCUCACACCGACCUCCAAAUGUUGGAUAGACUCGCCCUUGGCUUCGUGUCCCUUCCCCAGACUACCUACGACGUUAUAAUUAUUCUCAGUGACGCUGAUGGUUCACGGCGUGAGAGCCAGAAUUUGUUGAAUCGGGAUAUACUAUCUUUGCUAGUCAAAGCGCUGAAGAACGGCGGACACUUGCGCAGCCAAGAUCAGACGUUCGGAGCCAUCGAUGGACCUGAGAAGAACGAAGCUAUUCUCGCAGGCCUAUCCCCACAACCAGGCCUUGGAUUUGUGAAGGUAGAUUAUGGUGCGCAGGUGUCUGUGCCACUGAAGUUUGGAAAAAAAAAGACAUCGGAGGCUGCUGGCGGUCUCGGUAACGGAAAUUCGAAUGGGGAAUCUGUCUCACUUCCAUUGAACGGCAAGCGGAAAAGUGUGGAUGAUACUAUACCUGCGGGCGUGGGUUUUGACGAUGGAACUGGCGAUUCUGACGAUGACUUGAUUGACGAAGAUACCUUGCUGGACGAGGACGACUUGAAGAGACCUAUUAAAAUUCCCACUGAAUGCAAGCCAAAGGCCAAACGGCGCCGCGCGUGCAAAGACUGCACUUGUGGCCUCGCACAGAAGCUGGAAGCCGAAGACAACGCGAGAAGAGAGAACGCCGACAACGCAUUAAACACCUUAAAAUUGCAAGCCGACGACCUUGCCGAGGUGGACUUUACAGUGCCAGGAAAAGUUGGUAGCUGUGGCAAUUGCAGCCUAGGAGACGCAUUCCGAUGUGACGGAUGCCCCUAUAUCGGUCUCCCCGCUUUCAAGCCUGGCGAAGAGGUCCGCCUUCUCAACAACGACAUACAAUUAUAG